AUGCGUUUCUUCGUCGGAGCAAUCGCCCUGUUGGCGGGGACUGCGGUAGCUCAGGAUAACUGCAAUUGUGAUUGUGUGCUUGACGAGUGUCUAGCAGCUCUCGCUGGCCCAUCACCUUUCAUCCACGAGUCAGUUAGCUCUGAUUGUCGGUCAUUCGUGUGGACUGUGAGCACAGUUUCUUCAGAACGUACGGUAGUGACUGAAACAUUUACUGCAACAUCGACAAACACUGUGGUCGAGACAGCAUGGACUACUAUCACAGUCGGCACUACGUCAGCACCUCUUAUGAAGCGACAAGGAGGAGUAGCUACCAUUCCAGCCUACGCCUCCGCAUGCGCGCAAUCCAGCGACUACGCUUCAGCUUGUCGCUGUGUUGGGAUAGCUGAGGGUGGUACAAGUUACUUUCAUCUCCCUGGCGUAGAAACUAUCACCGUUACUGUUACCGAGUCUACAACUCAAGAUCUCUCCGUCACCACCACUGCGACAGAAUCUGCGGUUGCAACAGAUCUAUACUUCAAGAUUCGUGUCGCGGACGUCGCCGAGAAUGACGACGCUCAGGCAUGGAAGGGAUUCUACAUGUACACGGUGGAUGAAGGCACCAGCACGCCUCCAUAUAAACGCCUGGCCUUUGUUAAUAAUGUCAACCAAGGCAUCAUCUUCCGCGCGAGUCCUGAUGGCAAGGUUACAGGGGGAGAUGGAACUCCAUUUGCCGCUGACAAAGUGGACGCGAAAGCGGAGCAAAUUUAUCUACAAGAACCUGUUGCUCAACAAAUCCUAGUCGAACAUAACUUCGAUUCCGGCGGCAAGGUGGUCUCUGGUCAAUUUGAGGGUAACGGAGGAAGCUAUUCGCUCUUAGCAAUAACGAACAAUGGACGGUUAUGGCUAUAUACGACUAAAGCGGCGAUUGACGGAGACAAGCCCUCACUUGGUACCGUUGGGCCGGUAAUUCUAGAGGCCGUACCAAUAUAA